GCCGUGCAUGUGUGUGCGUGUGUGUACAUGUGUGUGCAUUUGUGUACACGUGUGUUUGUGUGUGUGUGUGUGUGUGUGUGUGUGUGUGUGUGCUCAAAGCAGAUGAAGCUGCAGCAGUCUGACAGAAACGUUUUCCUUUAUUCAGUGGAUAUGAAGCGAAGAACCUCUGACCUUCCAUCUGUAACCUGCUGGAACAUGGGAAGUGUAUAACGGCAACAGGAAGUGUGAAGAUGCAGCACACCUCGUGCACAGAGGAUCGGAUCCAGCAUGCUUUGGAUCGCUGCCUGGACGGCCUCCGGUCAUCUGAGUACCUCUCUCAGUCCUGGAGCACUGGAUGGUGUAUGAAUCGUUGGAGUUUAGAGGAACUCCUAAAGAGAGAUCCAGAGAACUUCCUCAUCCUCCUGCAGCAGAUUCUUAAGAGAGCAAGACAGGUGCAGGAGGAGUGCGAGUACGAGUUGGUGGCUCCUCUCUCCAUCAUGUUUAAAUCCACACUUCUACAGACUCCGUACUGUCCAAUAGAGUGUAACCUCCUGGUAGAGGCAUGUAAAGUGUUCCAUGGUUUCCUCACGUGGCCUGAACCGUACAGCAGUGUGUGUCACAGUGUUCUAACUAUUGUACAACAGGAGUUGAGGGCACCAGGGAUUUCGUACCACAGGUUGGUGAAAGAGGAACAGGGGAUGAGUGCUGAGCGUCAGCGUGGCAAAACCAUUACGGUGUUGUUGCUGAACCCGGCUGAUGUUCCUCAGACGUUCCUGUCUGUCGUUCAGCAGCUCAGUGCCGUGGAUGUUUCCCAGAGGGAGAUCAGCAUUAACCUCAUUAAACACGCCUUCCAGUGCAGCCUGGGCUCCAAAUACCACACACACACUGUACACCUCGCACUGCAGUCUCUGAGUGAUGACGAUCUGUCUCAAACACUCUCGUGUGUGUCGGCGGUUUUGGAGACUGCAGCGAUGAUGACAGACCCCAGCGCCGCUCGAGCUCACGUACUGACCAAUUUGGAGGAAGUGCGGCAAAAACUCCAGAUCCCAGCAUGCAAUGGUGCAACAUCAAACGCAGACAUGCUGCAGUUCCUGAAGUUACCUACAGCUAAGUGCUACAUGAUCCCCUGGGACACUGAUAAUUUUGAUGCUCUGAGUGAGAUUUUGGAGAGGGAGAUGGAACUCUCCCUGUUCUCUGAGGAACCAGUGGAGGAGGAUGAGGUUGAUGAAGAAGAUGCAGAUGAAGAUGAGGAAGAAGACGAGGAAGUAGAGAUGGGCCGGUACGAGACGGACGAUUUCCUAGAUCCACGAGCGUCCAUGUUCUCCACCACAUCCUCUCUGUCCACUGCAUCCAAGGACUCCAUGCUGUCCUCGUCUUCGGACUUCUCUCCAGUCUCAACCUUGUCCUCAUCUUCUCAGGCCUCUGGGACAGACAGUGACUUCUGCGAGGACAUCGAGGAGGAUGCCUGCGCUCUGAUGCCAAUUGGCAAAAAUAAAAACGCUACUGCACUUUCCAAGCGUCUCUCACGCCUGUUUAAACCGCGAGGACACUCUCUGUGCCGCGCAAAGAGUUUGGGGAACACGGACUGUAAGGAUAAGAAGGACUUCCUGCCGACUGCUCGCGCCAAGCGCUCCAACUCGAUGCCGCAGCAGGUGCUAACGCUCAGCGCGGAGCCGGUGCAGAGCGACAGCGCCCCCGUCAGGCCCAUGUGCUUCAGGAAGCGUCCCAUCCUCAGCAGCGACGAAGACGAGGACAUGGGCACCAUGCUGAUCAGGGUGAUGGUGUUUGGGGCUGAUUAUGUGGCGGGGAAACUGGCACGGGCCUAUACCAGCUUGAGGAACCGAGAGAAGCUCUCACCACGACUCACCAAACACUGCAGGAUGAAGUUCUUCUUUAUUCCUGUGAAGAGAGACCCCUUCUCAAACACAGCAGCAAGUCAGACCAGCACAAGUCCACUCAAAACUGUACAGGAUAUGAAUAUGGAUGUAUAUGAGGACAGCACCAGUAAUAUCGCUCACCUUCUCGGGAUGCUGGACCCGUGGUACAAGAGAAACACACUCUGUUUGCUGAACCUGCCGAUGCAUGUGGUGUGUCAGCAAACAUUCAAGCCAGAUUCGGAGUCAGUGGAGGAGUCUGUAGAGGGGUGUUUACCCAUCAUGGCUGACCUGCUACUGUAUUACUGCAGAAACGCAGCUCGACCUGCACUGAUCCAACUGUAUCAGGCUGAGCUAACGCUGGCCGGAGGAGAGACGAGAACAGAGGUCUUCAUCCACUCCCUGGAGCUGGGACACACGGCAGCCACCAGAGCUAUCAAAGCUAUGGGAGCUGCUAGUAAAAGGUUUGGUAUUGAUGGAGAUCGGGAGGCAGUGCCACUCUCACUUGAGGUGGUUUAUAAUCAGGUGGUUAUUAGUGGGCGAGGCCAGAAGACAAGGGCGGAAAAAGUCUGCACUUCAGUUAACCUGACUAAAGUAUGCAGGAAUCAGGAGGAACUCAAUCCUAAACUGGAGUUCCUGCAGCUCACCAUGACCGAGGUGUUAAAGAGGCAGAACUCCAAAUCCAAACGGAGCUACAACCAGCAGUUGAGUGUAACUCAGGUGAAGGUGGACCGGUUUCGGGUCUGUGGUUCUGGAAACACCACGUUUGCAGUGUGUUUGGAUCAGGACGAGAAGAAGAUUUUACAGAGUGUCACCCGGUGUGAGGUGUCGGUGUGUAAUAAGCCAGACAGCUCUUCUGAUUGGAUGAAGACGAGACCUUUAUCCAGUCAGGUGGACCAGACGUUCUACUCUCUGCUCUGUUUACCCGUCUGCACCUUCAGUGGACCCCAACCAUGACACCCCCCCAACCCA